AUGGCAGCAAAAAGAGCAGCACAAUCUAUUCUGCCUAAAUCACAGCCCCCUUCCUGGACGCCCUCAAAGCGCAUCUCGGAAUUCAUAGCACACGUUUCCCCCGUAACAUGUCCCUCGCAGGCCUCGUCGUACGUCGAUUCUCUACUCGAAUCAGAUAAACGCAUACGCAAUGCAACACACAACAUCACAGCGUGGCGUAUCAGAGGUGACGGUCCUGGCCAUCAGCAGUUUAAUGACGAUGGUGAGACGGGAGCCGGGUCCCGUCUUCUGCAGCUUAUGCAGUCGAUGGAUCUCUGGGAUUCCAUGGUGGUUGUUACACGGUGGUAUGGCGGUACCCAUCUGGGGUCCAAAAGAUUCAGGUUUAUCACUGCUGCGGCGAGCGAUGCUUUUGCCAGGGCUGGUAUGGAUGGGAAUAAGAAAGAGGAAAAGUCCAAAGGAAAGAAAAGAAAGCUAUUUAUUUUUGUACACCGAGACUUGAGAGAAAAGGCUGUCGAUCCUCUUCUUGCUCGUCUCAACAGUUGUGAUGAAUUUGACUGGGCUCAUGCUGUCGGUCAAUCGGGUACUCGCGGCCAGGUUGGUCUCACGAAAGACUUUCCAGAGCUUUCGGAGCAUCCAUCUUGGAUGACUCGCAACCUCAUUUCUAUACCCUAA